ACCCUCGCGCAGCGCCGUAGGCCGCGGUGCACGCCGGGCGGCCGCGAUGGCGGACGUGUCCGAGAGGACGCUGCAGGUGUCAGUGCUGGUGGCUUUCGCCUCCGGAGUGCUCGUCGGCUGGCAGGCGAACCGGCUAAGGAGGCGCUACCUGGACUGGAGGAAGCGGAGGCUGCAGGACAAGCUGGCGACGACGCAGAAGAAGCUGGACCUGGCCUGAGUGGCCGCCAAGCGAUGCGCGCGCGCGCCCGGCUCCUUCGCCCUCCUGCCCGGCUCCUUCGCCCUCCCGCCCGCGGGGCCGGCCCUUCCCCAGCGUCGCUUGCUGAAGAUGGAUGUAGAAUACCGGAAAGAAAUAAGUUCUUGCACUUUAUGAAUCUAUUUUUAAAAUAAAAAAAAUUUAAGCAUC